GCGUGUUGCAUAUCCUGCUAGCAGUUGGAAGGGCUGUAUAAAAGCACUGCAUUUCUUCCAGGUUCACCAACGACUUCACUUCAUCAGGUUUUCUCUGUGAGCCUGGUAUAUCUGCAUCACAAAAGAUGUCUUCAGGAGGACAGCUGGUAAGCAGCAGAUGCUCCUCGCCGUGUGAGGUGACCUGCCCGCAGCCCUAUGCCAACGUCUGCAGCCAGCCCUGUGUCACCUCCUGUGGGGACUCCCGUGCUGUCGUCUACCCCCCACCCGUGGUCAUCACCUUCCCAGGCCCCAUCCUCAACUCCUGGCCUCAGGAGAGCAUCGUGGGCACCUCAUUCCCAACACCCAUCGGGGGCUACUCGGGGUCACUGGGCCCCAGUGAAUCAGGGGGCUCUUUUGGUCCUGGUGGCUCCUAUGGAGGAAGCAGCACCAUGGGCAUAGGGGGCUCCUAUGGAGGGGGCUUUGGGGGUUCCUAUGGAGGAGGCAGCUCCUAUGGAGGAGGCAUGGGGGGCUCCUACGGAGGGGGCUUUGGGGGUUCCUAUGGAGGAGGCAGCUCCUAUGGAGGGGGCAUGGGGGGCUCCUACGGAGGGGGCAGGUCGUUUGGCUCCGGGGGCUCAUUUGGAGGCAGAAGAUCCAUCAGCUCCAGGAGCUGCUACGGAGGCGGCUUUGGAGGAGGCAGCUCCUACGGUGGGGGCUCCUAUGGGGGAGGGCGCUCCUUUGGCAUAGGGAGCUGCUAUGGAGGCAGUGGCUCCUCCAGGUUCCGCAGGUCCAGCGGGGGAAGCUGUGGUUACUUCUGAAAAGCCAAUGUCUC